GCAAAUAAACACUGAAAUGCAGCAGAGUCAGCUCUGGAACCCAUGCUGAGGUGACAAGUGAGGUUGAGACUUCAGAACAGAGGAAAGGGAAGCAGGACCUGGGAUCAGUAGAAUGCAGGAUAUACAUCAAAUAUUGAGAAGAAAGAACAUCAAGAGCUAAAUGUUCUGUUUAAACCUGUAGUUGCUGAUCAGAAAAUAAAGAUGCAGUCUCAAAAUCUGUGGUUUUUACACAUUCUUCAUGCAGGAGCAUUGUACUAAAGGAGAGAGUAAGCAGUGUUGAUCAGUGACUUUGGUGAAGGCAAGAAAGUUGAAGCAAAGUUGCAGAUGAUACACAACUUACAAGAGAGAGAGACAGAAAGUCAAGAUUGUGGAAACUCUUCUCUGCCAUGCUUUGGAAAUAGGAGGCACCCUCUGUUAAAUGGAAGAUAAAGGCUACUUCAUCUGAAGUGCUUUGAGCCCCAGAGAGAGCUGUCUUCAGCACCUCACCAUGUGUCUACUUUUCAUUGCUUAGACAAGCCUGGGCUUUUCUAUAACAUUUGCUGCAGCACACAGGAUCUUCUUUGCAGCAUUCAGGAUCUAGUUCCUUGACCAGGGAUUGAACCCAGGCCCCCUGCAUUGGGAGCGUGAAGUCUUAACCACUGGACCACCAAAGAAGUCCCAAGAAGGCUCAUUUUUGAGUUGACUUUCUUACACAUUCCAUUUUGGAAGAAGAGAUUUCUAUAGAUGAAAAAAAUGCCUUUGUUUAGUAAAUCACACAAAAAUCCAGCAGAAAUUGUGAAAAUUCUGAAAGACAACAUGGCCAUUUUGGAAAAGCAAGACAAAAAGACAGAUAAGGCUUCAGAAGAAGUGUCGAAAUCACUGCAAGCAAUGAAAGAAAUUCUGUGUGGGACAGGUGACAAGGAACCUCCAACAGAAGCUGUGGCUCAGCUAGCACAAGAACUCUACAGUAGUGGGCUGCUGGUGACGCUGAUAGCUGACCUACAGCUGAUAGACUUUGAGGGAAAAAAAGAUGUGACCCAGAUAUUUAACAACAUUCUGAGAAGACAGAUAGGCACUCGGAGUCCUACUGUGGAGUACAUUAGCGCUCAUCCUCAUAUCCUAUUUAUGCUCCUCAAAGGAUAUGAAGCUCCACAGAUCGCCUUACGUUGUGGGAUUAUGUUGAGAGAAUGUAUUCGACAUGAACCGCUUGCCAAAAUCAUCCUCUUUUCUAAUCAAUUCAGAGAUUUCUUUAAGUAUGUGGAGCUGUCAACAUUUGAUAUUGCUUCGGACGCCUUUGCUACUUUUAAGGAUUUACUAACCAGACAUAAAGUGUUGGUAGCAGAAUUCUUAGAACAAAAUUAUGACACUAUUUUUGAAGACUAUGAGAAAUUGCUUCAGUCCGAGAAUUAUGUGACUAAGAGACAAUCUUUAAAGCUGCUAGGUGAACUGAUUCUGGACCGGCACAACUUUGCCAUCAUGACAAAGUACAUCAGCAAGCCAGAGAACCUCAAACUGAUGAUGAACCUCCUCCGGGAUAAAAGUCCCAACAUCCAGUUUGAAGCCUUUCAUGUCUUUAAGGUGUUUGUGGCCAGUCCUCACAAAACACAGCCUAUUGUGGAGAUUCUACUCAAAAACCAACCCAAACUCAUAGAGUUCCUGGGCAGCUUCCAAAAAGAAAGGGCGGAUGACGAGCAGUUCACGGAUGAGAAGAACUACCUGAUGAAACAGAUCCGAGACUUGAAGAAAACAGCGCCCUGAAGUGUCACCCAGUUUCCUGCCACAGUCGCUGUCUCAUUUGUUCAGUUUGUACAAAAAGUGUCCUUUCAAAAAAAAAAGUAGUCAUUUUUGGGAAGGCUUUGGAGGUGCCUGUUUUUUCUCAAUUCAUUGUUCAGGGUGGAUGGAACAUAAACGUUUGAAUGUAAAGAAUUAAUUUAGAAUAAUAUAUUCAUCUUAAUUGAGUCUGUGAUUAUUUAAGUGAAAUCAGAACCAUUGUAUUAGACACUGAUAAAAGCAAUUUUAACCCUUUCUUGACGAAAGGCAGCAAGGCUAUGGGCUUGCAGACCUGAGCCCUCAGUCACCAUGAGCCACCAAGUAGUAGGAGCUCAAAGGAUGGGUGUCAGUGAGUCCUCAAAGAGGAUUAAAUUCUCAGAGGAGAACUGGGCAUGGGGGCAAGAUGCACAAAACUGUUUUGCCCGUCUGCACUUGGCCAAACAAAUUUCUUAAGGCACUGAGAAAAUAAGGUCCAUUGUUUUCAGUCAUUACGUAUUCUGUCCCAUGCCCGUAUCUUCUAACUGUAAUCAUUCAUUCCUAACUUCCUAGGGAAUUGAUGCCCACCCACCUUUCUGCUCACUGCCCCACAUUCCACCCCAACGGAUCUCCUCAGCAUGCCUGACUCAUGGCGCGCACGCGCGCGCGCACACACACACACACCCGCUCCAACCAGGUUAGCAUGGAACUAACUAAGUACAAACAGGAUCAAACAGGAUGAACUAACAAGGGUCACCGGCAUAGAGGACCCACGGGGUAGGAGCUGCUCACUUGAGAACUUGAAGCAGAUGGUUAAGAACCUCAUCUCUAGCAACAGUCACUGCUGUUUCAUACAGACUUCUGUAUGGUUAGUGAAUGUUUGGAAUAUUUCAUUCACACUUCUUAUGGGAAAAAAGUUUUGUGGUGAAAGUGUAUUUUAGAGUAGGAAUCAUUGCACUGAGAUGCCCAGCAUGUGCAAAACCAUGGGUCCACAGGGUUGCACAGGUCUUUAGACAACUUUUAUAAAUAAGGGAACAUUGCCGUUGGAAGCGCAAAUGAUUAAAUGCAUGAAAAAAAUCCUCAAAGGACUGACAAUUUUUUUACUUUAUUUUCUAAUAAGCUGUCCUUCUAAUUUCACAUCAAAUUCUUCAGUGAAAAGGUAGAAAAACUAUAAAAAUAUUGGUCUCACAUACUUUCUUGUGUACUAGGAUGGUUAAAGAAUUAGUGUUUUUUUUUUUUUUAAAAAGGCCAUGGCUUGUUUUCAGACAUCGAGUGUAUAAAAUGGAAUGUUAAAGCUAUAUUUACAAGACAUUAAAGAUACAAUUGUUAAUCUGUAUUUUUUUCAUAAUUCUGUUUCCAAAUCAUGAGUUAUUGCCUUCCAUAGGAAUCUUCACUUUUUACAACAUUGGGUACCGUGUUCUUCAACCAGAUGUUUCUCCACCCAGAGAGGGAAAGAUCCCUCUCCAGGAUCAGUGCCCUUGUAGAUUUAGCAUCUGAAGAGCCACCUGGCACAGUUUCACCCUCUUGGCUAUGUUUUUCUGUGCCCAGCAUAGAAUCCUGAGGCAGAUACUGCGGGGCCUGUGGGACCUUCUUGCAGCAGCUCUGGCCGGUGCCAGACCAUCUGAUGACCUUCAUUCUUCAGUCACUGAGGUCAGAUUGUUUUUAUAACAUUCCCUGACAGUCCAGAGUCUCUUCAAAUUUGACUUUUCUGGUUUUAUUUGUUUAAAAGAAAUGAGUGUAAAUAUUUUUUUAAAAAUAGAAGGUGCAAUAAUGACCAUUGAAAAUUUAUUUCUUUGCUUAAAUACUGUUCCACACGUCAUGGGCACGUUUUCAGUUGGAAAGCAAGGCCUUGUUAGAAUUCUUUUCUGAUAAAUAAAACAUGUUUUAUUUCCUCUGAGCUUGAAUUAGCUCUUUCCUAGCAAUCUCUUAUCCUAGUUUAGUACCUGACAAACAAAACUAGUCUAAAAGGCAGUAAAUGAAGUAACUGAGAUUUUGCUGUGCUACAAAUUUGUAAAUUAUUAACGUGAAAGAGGGAUCAAGAAGCUCACAGUUAAAAUAUGUUUGCAUAAAAGUCACUGUAAAUAUUGUGAGAAUUGAGUUUUGAAAAGGUCAUAUUUAAUAAGCUAUUUCAAAAGCACACACUUAAAUAAAGACUGACUAAAUGAAAAGGUGCCACGUACUCCUUGGUCAGUUUCAUUCCUCUCUGCAUGUCCCGCCUCUAUGUUCUUGUCACUGCUCCAAACAGAGAAAGCCCCAGACGGAGGGCACCCCAGGCGGCCUGGAGACCCCACGCCCUCUUCCCUUGCCCUCAGCUGUCCCAUCCCCCCAGUGAGGCUCACUGCCGUUGAUCGAGGGCCGCCUGUCAGGCAGCAGAGAGACACGUCACGUUAUUGAUGCUUCACCACGGCCAGGGUCAUACCCAUUUUAUAUCUGAGGAAACUGAGGCUCUGAGCAUUUUAUCCCAGACAAUGUGAACUGGAUUUGGGGUACAAACCCAUGGUGGCCAAAGGCCAAACUCCUGCUCUUACUCUUUUUUUCAUCCUCAUGGCUGUGAACAACGGGAGGUCCUGGGGGUCGGGAAUUAUGUUGUGUCCUCCCCCACUGCUGCCUGGGAGGCUUCUGGGGAUGAAGGUCCUAGAACAAAGCCAGGAUGGAUUGAGAUCAUAAUGUUCUUGGACGAGGCUGUGGCUAAGCCAGGCAUCUGCCCAAAUGUUGGGAUUAGGACCCUGGGAGAAAAGGCCUAGAGGCACACGGCCCUUGAGCAACUGUUCUGCCUGCCAGCCUCUGUGGGUUCUCGUCCGUGGAGGGCCCAGGGGAGCAGUAUAUGCUAGGGAGGGGCAGCAGGCUUUCCAAAGCCUCUGUCGCCAGCCACGCUGGUUGGUCUGUGUGAGAUGCAGCUGCUCUGAGCCUUGGUGCCGUCUGGAAACUACGCAGGACCUGAAAGUGAUUGUAAUAAAGUGAAGGAAAAUGAAAUUCAAAAAUCACUAGGAUUUUCUUAAAUAUGAAAAGAUAGUUGUUUCAAAAUAGAUUUACAGAUCUUUCUAGUCUACUAUAUUAGAGGAAAUUUAUAAGAUUUAUACCGUUUACUUCUUCUUUCUGUUUUAUCCAAAAGAAUGUUGUACAUAUGGC